AUGCCUCGAGUAAAGAAGCGGUCGAGUGAAAUUUCGCUUCCACCUGCUCCAGAACCCACAAGUGAAAGAAGAAGGGGUCGACCACCCAAGAGGUACCUUGAGGAAGAUUUCUCGACUCCUCCGCCUGUGGCCAAACGAACGUCAGUCCCUAAACCUAAAAAGUUUGUUCUUUUUUUUUUAAUUUGGAGACUCAACCUUUUUUCUAGACUUAUUUCAAAGGAAAAACUUUUUUUAGAUAAUCAGUAGUAAAAAUAAAAGAAAAUUUAGAAAAAAAAGGUUAAAAAGAACAAUGUUUAGAGAGAGGAAGUACAAAUUGCUCUAGGGUAACCAUAAGAAGUUUUUCUGAAAAAUAUAUUUUCAAUUUUCACUUGAUUGAGAAAAUGAACAUUUUUUGGUUUGAGGGCAAUAAAAACGGGAAUUGAAACGAAAUAGCUAUCUUGUGGAGCUUAUCAAACGGUUUACUUGAAUAAGUACAAUUUUGUGUAUUUUUGAAGAAAAAAAGGGGUAUUUGAAUUUUGCUCUGGAUCGGUGUUCAGAAAAGUUUUUCAAGUAGCGCAAAAUUUUAGACUUGUACUAAUGCUUGCAAUUUGUGUGGCAUUAUCAGAUUUAGCCGCUUUUUAGCUUCAAAACAGGUCGUCGUUUUCUGAAAAAUAUUCAUCUAAAGACCUUUAUUUCUCCGAUAGAAAAAUGGAGUUAAUUUAUCUCCAAAUCAAAAAUUGAAAUCUAUCAGUUAUCACGAAUAAAAAAACAUUCUAUGGCCCAAGUUCGCAAACUAUAUAUAUAUAUUUACAAACAGGAAGUUUUCGAUGAAAAAAAAUAUUUUGGUGACAAGAAAAUUUUUUUUUAAAAAAUUCAAAAAUGGAUAUCCGCGUUAUCUAUAGACCGAAAAAAGCCCUCAUAGAAGUACUUUUUUUUUCCCCAACUUUGAAUCACUUUUUCCAAAAGUACGUUCAAACAAUUUCAAGUUUCCCAUUGAAAAUCAGCGAUAAAACCAGUAAUUUAAAAGAAAAGAUAGUUUUCCAUGAAAUCAAGUCGCAUUUUAGAAAAGAAUCAAAGUCAACUGGUCGGUCGAACCGAGCAAAAACUAAACCAUGGGAUCACGACGAAGAUGUUGUGUAUCGCGAGGAUUCGGAUAACACUGAUGACGAGGAAGAGGACAUUAAGCCAAGCGCAACAGGUUUUUAUUCAGAUUUUUUGCAUUUUUCUUCUCUUUUAAGCUUUUCUGAGGAUAAUCCUAUUAUUUUUUAUUGUUUUUCACUGUUACAGACUUUCUCUUGUUCAAAACUGCUCCUUUUUGCGAGAAAAACAAAGGUAAAAAAAAUGGUGUGAGUUUGUGUUCCUAAAAAUUCAGUGGAACUUUUUUUACUGAUUUUCUUACAAAAGUCCGUAUUUUCUCCAUAUAUUUCCUUCAAUGGUAAUUGUCUUGGGUUUCAGAUCUAAUUUUUGACGAACUCGAUGAAUACGGCGGCGAUUUGGAUGAUAUCAAGGCGGAGAUUGAUGCUGCAGAGGCAAGUUUCACGUCUAAAAAGUCCUCAAGUGUUCCACAGGGUUCUUCGACAUUUUGUCCAUGGGUUGAUCUGAAUCCAGACGAAAUACCUCAUCUAGAACUGCCCGUUGGAAGUUCCGACAUACCUUUGCCCACCGAGUUUUUAUGGGAUGCAAUAGAGGUUAGGAGUCAGUAUUCACAAAUAUUGGAAUUUUUAUUGCAGUUGUAUGAAAUUUUACGGAGUUUCCACCGAACUUUACGAUUGACUCCAUUCCUGUUCGAAGAUUUUUGUGCAGCCUUGAUCUCGCCGGACAACUCUUGUAUACUGGCAGAAGCUCACAUAACACUGUUGAAAAUGUGUCUGCGGAAUGACGACGAGGAGCAGGUUCGAGCUUCAGAACGGCUCUUUCGAAUCUCGAGAAGCUUGCAGAUCCACUACUCGGUGAAUGACACGAAUAACUCUUUCAAUGUGAUGGUUCAUUGUCUCGAAUCGAUGACUUACGCCGAGGUUUGCCUUUUUUUGAUGGUUCUUCUCGUAGUUUUCUUGUUGAUAGCUAAAAUAUGUUUGUAGAAAAUGAUUUAUAAAUCAUCUUUUUGACUCAAAUAACUGAGGAAUGUUUAGAUAGUAAUCAAAACUUUGGGCGAAUAAGGAUAAUUGUUUUCUUUGAACAUGAGGAACUGACAGGUCCUCCGCCAGUACAUUGAAGCUUAUCCUGGAGUCGACGAAAGCGUCCGCGAAGCCAUCAACUCGGAGAACUACCCUUACGUGGGCAUCGAGCAGCGACUCGUCGUCCUUCUUUUUCUCGGCUACCGCUUUUUGUACUCGACCGAGUACAAGAAGGUCGUGACUAAUUUCGGAAAGAACCCUGUGAGCUCCUUCUUGUCGCUGCCCAACAAGCCGCGGUUUCAGAACGAAGAGAGCUGUCGGAUUUGCGGGAAGUCUAGCGGUCAAGUGGUCGGAUGCUCUCACUGCGAGGCUUCCUAUCACGGCGCCUGUCUCAAUCGCGAUAUCGCCUCCGAGGAGUUCAUCUGCGAACUUUGCACGGCCAACUUUGUCUGUUCUUUCCAUCAUUUGCAUCAUCCCCAAAGAAAAAAUUUUGAAAAUGCGUUACAACGGAAAUGGUCUUUUUUGAGCAAUACCACCCAAGCGUGGAUUUUCGAGUUUUGAGAUUGAAAAAUUACCUGAAUUCGAAUGGGAGAAUUUAUUUGUUUGUCUCCUUCAAAACUUCAUUUAUGAGUUAUAUCAGGUUUUUUGAGCACUCCUGGAAUUUUGACUUGAAGGUGCACGGAGUGUCGGACGCAUUGCCUUUCGGCGAAUCCAAAGAGAGAGCCUCUCCGGAUGUCCCCCAUCGGACACGACAGACACGGCCGUCUCUACUGGUUCGUCGUCCGCAGGAUUUUCGUGUACGUUUUUUCUUGUCCUUCUUGGCUUUGUAUGAAUUAAUUUAAACGUUUUCUAUUGUUUUAGACAAAGCGCUGAAGACGAAAACGACAUUCGGUACUACUCGUCGGCGCCUCAGCUGCUGGAACUCGUCCAGAAACUAGAUCCGGACUACUUCGAGUUCGACCUCUGCCAGUUCAUCAGUGAACACAUCAACGAUAUUUUCGAAUAUGUCAGUUUCAUGCAAUGAUUUCUCUCCAAUUUUCCCAGAACAUACACAGGUGGUUGUUGUGGCAGAGAAUUUUCAGAAAUUAACAAAAGAAGAAAAAGAAAUAAUGUUGUAAAAUUUCAGAAACUUGAAGAAGUUUUUUUUCUGUUUCUAUAGCAUACUUCACACCACUGUCAUUAGUUUUCUAGUACAUUAGAAAUUUCGAUUGAAGGAUAAAAUUUGAAAAAAAAUUGUUCGUGUCUCCAAACUGAAGAUCUAAUACUGCAGAUGUCUCAAACUUUGGAAAUUACAACUGAAAGACGGGACAAAUCUUUGAAAGAGCUCCAAUCGAAGGCUUCUCUUCGCGGAGGGGCCUUCCAACAACCUGCGGAAGAAAUCGAGAAAGGCUUUCCCGUCGCCUUUCUCCACCAAGACAAUCGUAACCUUUUCCUCCAUUUCUGAAUUUCAUCGAAACGUUUUCAGUUCGUCGGAUGUCAAGUAUUUUACGGCAAUGUGUCGCCAAAGCAAACCUCAAAGAAGAAGUUAAAAAAGAAGAAUUAGAAGAUGACGAAGAGGUUUUUCUCCCGAUUCUCAUGUCUCAAAGAACUUCUCUUUUCAGCCAGCAGUUAAAAAGGAAGAAACACUAACCGAUUGUAUAAUAUCUUUGUUAGGAAUCUACGGCGGCCGGAUGCUCAAUAAUUUUUGGAGCGCCACUGCCGAUGGUGAGUUUUUGGAAAAAAAACAAAUAACAAAUUAAGAACUUUUUUUCCAGAAGAAUUAGUUCUUAAUUAUAUUGUAAAAUACGGCAACGAACCGUUGGCACCUGAAAUCUAUUUCCGGAUGGGUAAUUGCAGAGAUGAUCUUUUUUUCAAGUGAGUUUCAAGUUUUUUUUUUCUGGAUAAUUUUCACAAUUUUUUGAUUUUUGUUCAUGUUGAAGCGAGGAGCAUUGUUUUUUGUUUUCAAACUCUUCGAUUUUUAAUUCUCAUUUUCCAUGGUUAUCUUCAAAAAAAUAUGAUGGAGCCUGAGAAGUUUUAAAAUGAGUUAUUCAUGAACAAAAUAAACAUUGAAAAUUUUGUUUCUUUUCACCAUACAUUGACCAUAUUAUUAAGGGGCUCUCCUUUCUAUUUUCCAUGAAUUGAAAUCAGUUCUCCCUCCUGAUGUUAAAUCUUAGAACUUUUUAAAGUCAACUAUAACUUUUCUAAAGUUUUGUUUGUAUAUUAACAUUUUUUUUUCUCUUUCGAGCUUUCAAAGGAGAUUUUUCAGUGAAUACGUAAACAAGUAUUCGUUGAGCGAAUUGGCCGAAUCAACUCAAAUGCGCAAAAAAGCGGCGGACCGCAAAAAGUACAUGUGUACGAGGUUCAGUUUGAACGAAGACGCUCCCUGGUCUUUCGAGGUUUUUUUUCGGGUUCGAGGAUUUCCAGAUAGGAGUCGAACUUUCAGUGGUCGACUGCCAAGGGCCGCGGAAUGUACGGAAACGCGAAAAUGCAUGCGAAAUACAUCGAGUGGACCAUGGCGAAGUUGGCGAGGAAGGUUCCCCUGGAACUGAUGCAUCGACAGUGGAACACACAGACGAAGACUUUCGACGAGGUACUGCGAAUCAGUUUUUGAAAAAAGCUCUCCGAUCGGGUUAUUUUUUUUCCAACAAAAAGCUCCAAUGUUAUAAAAAUUUUAUAAACUGGUUAAUUUUUCCUCUUACCAAAAUCAAAAAAAAAAUUUUUCGGAAAGUUAUUUUUUUCGAGUUACUAAAAAAAUAUGAGCCUUAGGCAAGACGUUCACGCUAUUCCUGGUUCGAUUAUUUUAUUUAUUUCUCUUGCCUUUUUUCUCAAGUUUCAGUUCAUACUGUCACAGAGAAUUAUUGAAAAAGGGUGAACUCCGAAGAUAACUUUUUUUUUUGAAACGUUUGGUUAUUAAAACGGAAGAUGAACCAGUUGGGUUUUUUAGGAGCUGAAGUUAGCGGACACGUAUCAAAAACUGGCGAAUCUCCUGCUGCGACUGGACUGCGGGAUGCGGCGGACGAUUUUCCUGCCGCAGUGGUGGAACAGCCUCGGCCACGCCAGUUUGACCCGCAGCACAGCCGACCAACGAGAACAGCAGUCCAAAGACUUGCAGCGCAAGAAAAAAGAGGAAAAAGUCGCCGAUUUUUAUUAGAAGUUUUUUCAAUCUCUGUUUUAAGGAUAUUUUCACACAGGAUGUGGACGAUAGCAUGAUUAAAGUGAACUACACGAAAGCUGCCAUUAGCCAAUCGAUUUCACGACAAAAGGUUUUUUGCUUACUCAACAAAAUAUAGAGUUUUCCUUUUACAAGGUUUGAAAAGAAACAUCAGAGGUCAUACUUGGAAUAACCUCGUUUCGGCCGCAAACUGGGGGAUGGACUUGACAAAAAAAUUUGGAAGGAGGGGGACUUGGCAAAAUUUUUUUUUUAGGUGUGCCCUACAUUUGCGUCAAGGCGGAAAAGUUUUUCAUCAAAUCGAAAAAUAAUUGUGGUUUUCGGAUUUAGCGUAGUCGAUUUAGUCUAGAAACAUGUAAAAAAUUCAAUUAGAGUCGAUGAAAACGUGAGAGAGUCAGUUGGAAGCCGAGGCUGGCGCGCGCCAGCCUCGGAUUCCAACUGACUCUCUCGCGUUUAGGAAGCUUCUCCUUGUGAAAAUCCGGUUGACACGAACUAAAUCGACCACGCUGAAUCCGAAAACAGCAACAGUUUUUGUGUGGGACCUCUGCGAUCUGAGAUAUUUCAUUAAAUGCACUAUAAAAAAAAGUUGUUCUUCAAAUCGAAAAAUCAUUGUGAUUUUCAGAUUCAGCGUGGUUGAUUUAGUCUAGAAACAUGUAAAAAAUUCAACUUGGCUUUGGCUCCGAGGGGGUGACUUGGCUGACGCCAGGCUCACUCAUUCCAUGUAUGUCAGAGGUACACGUGAAUGGGAGUAUAGGAGCAUAAUAAAUGUUCAAAAAGAAGAAGAGUUUAGAAUAUUCAAGUUCAAUCUGUUUUUUUCUUCCAUAUAAAUUGAGGAAAACACCUGAGAAUAAUUAAUUUGCAUCUGAUACGCUCACAGGGAGAAACGUAUCGGAUAGGCGGAAGAGGCGGUUUGGGCGGCUGGAUUUUCUCUUCUCGAACUUUGGUGCGAACAUUUUUAGAUCCUCCUGAAAGACCUCCGCUCGGAGUGACUGCCGAUACACCAAAAGACCAGGUUUGACUGCUGUUUUCCUUUUUUUGCUGAUAAGAUUUUUCUAUCAGCUGACCUCACCGUCUAUGAAAAAGGCGCAUCGACUGGAUUCUUUUGUUCGGCGGAUAUCGGCCAAAUCUCAGUCUUUUCCUCAGCCUUUCUUGUCUUUGUGCUACUCUCCCUCUUGUCGUAAAUCUUCACUUCAACCGUUUGUUUUUCCUUUUUUUUGCUUGAAAUUCUUGGUCUUCAGACUUGUUUGCUGUGACGACGACAACUCUUUGAAGCAAUCUUGCUAUUCGACAGCUUGUCGAUCAAAAAGUAAGAGCUUCCUUUUUUCAUAAGAAACUAUAUUAAGAAGGCUCGAUGAUACUUUUGAAUUUAUGAAAAGGAGAGAUAUGAGUUUGAAAGUUUUUUAUAAUUUUUUUUUCUUUUGAAGCGCCUCGGAAACUUAGACAAUUAAAUAUCCUUUUCAAGCUUUCUAGAACGUGAAAUUUUUUUGUCGAAACUUGCCUGCUCAUUUGAUUCUUUCCUCAAAGGUGAGAAUACUUCAUGAUGAACCAGAAUUGUAAGUCCUGACUUGCACGAUCUCCUAAUUUUUAAGAAAAAAAAGGUCUCGACGUCAAAUAAAACCUACAAAACGCAAAACAUUUCCUGAUGUUGAGCUUUCAUUUCUCAAAAACUAAGAGGUUCCGCAGGGAUCUUCAUUUGAUAGUUCAAGGAAUUUCCUGCUAAAUUUUGAUUCUAAAGGCCAAAAUAAAAUAAACAUCUUUUGUAAGCAUAGUUUAAUAUUCAGAUGUUGUUGAAAACGGCGUUCCCAAUAAGAAAAAGGACGUGCUCGGCGAGGAUUUGCCUUGGCCGCUCCAACGACCUCUCUCGUUCCUCAGUCGCGGCUCGAAGAGGAAAAGCAUUCUGAUUGUCUCGCAAAAGUAAUUUGUCUUUUUCUGAAGUACUACUUCUUUUAUCAAGAAUUCUUCGAAAGCUCGCAAGAACCGCCGGACAGACCCUCGUCUACGUGCCUGGCUUUUCGAUGACCGCCAAAAGUAAUUUCCAAGUUUGGAAUUAUCCUUCGCCUCGACCUUGCUUCGAUUUGUGCUGGAGGUGAAGCGCUAAUGCCAGGAACUUCUCUCACUCGUCACUUCAGAUGGCUGCUCACAAACGCUCGUUCUUUGCACGCCGUCGCCCUGCAGCUGAGGUUGAUGUGGGCCAGCAUCCGUUGGAUCGACAUGGAACCCGAAGACGAUGUUCGUUUUUCGCGUUAAUUCAAUAUCAAGUUCCCCUCCAUUUCAUCCGCUUCAUCGAACAUCAUGCAUUCAUAGCUCUCUUUCUCUCUUCUGAUCUCAUUUCUUUGACUUUGGCUUCAUUAAAAAAAAUUUUUCUUUUCUUUUAGUUUCAUCGUUCGUGAUAAAAAUGCAAAAAACAUGUGACGCAGAAUUGCUUAACUAAUCAUUAAUCUUUGCAAAAAAGGAAUUCUACUUUUCAUUGAGUAGGAAAAUUCUGUCGAACUGCCAUCACGAUGUUUUUUGUUCGUCUUCUUUUUAAUCAUUUUGAAAUAUCUGUUCUGUAUGAACGGCAUAAUUCUCGUAUUUCUUCUCAGUCGGUUCUUCGCCUGAUUCAUUUUUCAAGUAGUCAGAGUUUAUCAGAAGUUUCUUUAGGAUCCGGACCGCCGUGUGAUUAAUCACCUACCAGGACAUGACGAAAGGCGGUGGAUCAUUGCCCAUAAGGAAUUUCCUCCAUUUGGAACAUAUGAACGGUUUCUUUGGAAGUGUUUCUUUAAAGUCAUUCCGAUUAUUUAGCUACCAACUUCGCAUUGAAAUAAUACCGUUAGAGGACGUCGCCGAAGUGGAUGACGAGGCUUGGAGCAGCAAAAAAGAGAGAAGUCAGCCGCGAAACAGUUUGUUUCUGGCGUUUUCCGGAAGAAAGAACUUUUUUCCAGCCGUUGUGCGGAAGAGAAAAAUCGGCUCGCGCCUUCGGAAGCCGACGAGUCACAAAGAAGAAUGGAUCGACGGGGUGGAACUCAAGCUUUUCGAGAUCAAGUCCGCUUUAUCUUCUUUUUGCUGUCAUGGAAUUAUCUCUGAAAAAUUGAAUGCAUGAUAAUUGAACCAAUUCAUAAGUUUGAAUAACCACUAAAAUAAGGAUAAAGAAUAAAUAAGAAUUGAGAGGCUGAUUUUUAAAAAACUUUGAUAAUACUUGCCCGAAAUUUUUUAUAAGAAUCCCAUGAAAUUUCAUGUUUUAUUUUUCUCCUUGAACACUCUCAUUAACUUAAACAGAAAAAAAUAACAAGAAUAAAAAGUUGGAUUUUCAUCUUUUUGUGUUCCAGGGAUUAUUGGGAGAGAGUUGAUCAAACUCAACGAGCCAAAGCAAUUGCUGCAAAGAGAUCAGUCAACGGUUUGCGUUUAUUUUUUCUUCAAAAAUUGAGAUGAGCAUAUUUUUUUUCAGUUCCGAAACUUGUCCCGCAGGCAAACGAUUUAAUGAGAACCUACGAAGAACGGAAACGAAGAGCUGCCCCAAGAAUCAUGCGCGACGACGUCUGUUCCAUUUUUAUUGUUGAUUCGAAAAAAAAAGAGAUAGCCAAUACGUUUUAAGAUGAUUUUUAACUUUUCCUCGACAAAGAUAUUAGUAGUUUAGUUUCUUGAGGGUUCUGUUCGAUCAAAUCUUAUAGAAGUUUUAAAGAUAUUGUUUUAAUGACUUCCGGAAACUAUGUGUGAGUUGGUCACAAUAUAUAUUCAAACAGUAGAAAUAUAAUUUUUAAAAUUAUUUCCGUUUAAACGUGAUGCCAAAUCACCAAUAACUGCUCAUUUGUGAUUUUUUCCAGUUUGUCUACGAAAACGAUCCGAAGUACAACGAAGAAGAGUCCUUCUGCGAACCAACGCCGAAACGCACCGUGAGGGCGUUCCCCGCGGCGCCCGCAACGUUGCCGAAAGCGUCACAGUCUUUGAACCGACCUUUCCUCGACGGCUCCACUACGCGAGCUCCGUCGGUCGUUCUUCGCGAAAACAGCGGAUCUUCCCAAGUUUGGAAACGUCUGCCACUGACGCAGCCUUUGGGCCUUGCGACGCCGACAAACUCGGCGACGUCGCUGAAUCGCCACACCUCCAACGGCUACGAAUACCAAGGCAGUCUCAUUCGUGGAGGCGGAAGGGUUCAGAGUAUCCAAACGGUACUUUCCUCUCAUUUUAAAGCCAAAUUCAUCCACCAGCUUCCGUAUUUCAUUAGGACAAAUUUUCAAAAAUGAAACAAGCUCAAAAAGAUACUAAAAAAAUUAAUUAAAAAAAGUUUAUUUUAAAGUAAGAAAUUUCACGGCUUCAUCUAGUUCCUGAGCCGACAAAAAUACUAACCUGCCCUAAUUCUGAUAGUAUUUUGCGUAAGUCGUUCUUCCGAAUAAUUCGAACUGUCUUUCGAAAGUUUUGAAUCGGCUUUCUCUCAAAACUUUGAAAAAAUUUUGUUCUGCAGAAAAAACUUUUUAAUAAUAGUUGAACUAGUGAAAAGGUAAAAAAAGAACACAAUGGAAAAAAACAGAAAUCGGUAAAAUAUUGGACUACUGUAGCCAUCCUCCCGCGCAAUCUGCUUACACGCUCGCAGAAUCUUGUCGCGUGCGCCGCGCGUCGCGGUUGUGAAAGUGAUCAAAAAUUUUUUUAAAGUUUUUUUAAUAAUAUUUGUUUCAUUUCAUCACGUUUCUCAAUAAUUUUUUUCAGCCGGUUGGGGACGGCUCAGCUAUGAGGCGAGUACUGGUGUCAGGUAUUCCUGGUCAAGUUGCUGAAGAAGCGAUCGCUGCAAAUGCCAUCGAACAAAGCGAUAGCGACGAGCAACCGCCUGUUAUUCCUAGGUUACUAUUAUAUCGUUUCUAGGCUUUUCAUUACAUAGUUUAGGUACGGUAUACCGAAUGUAACAUCUGUUCAACAACGUCAACCAACGCCUGCUCGACAAGUGGUUUACACAUCCACCGGAGUGCCGCAGGUUUAUUUUAUUAUAAUUAUCUUGAAAUUCAUGUUUAAGAAACAAAAAAAUUAAUAAAUAAAAAGACAAAAAAAUAUUAUAAUUAUUUCUUUUUGUAAAAAUUCACCUCAACCUUUUUUUCAGAAUGCGCGAGGAGGAAGUACAAUAUACGUUUUGAAAAGAUCAGACGGGCAAACAUCCACUUUACCUGUUGUACUAAGAGCAUCCAAUGCGGGUGAUACAACUCAAAGGUUUGUUUUCUCCUCAGUGGAGAAAAGACCUUUAAGUUGAAUUUAAGAAUGGAAAAUGGGGCUGGCGUUGUUUUCCAACAACCUGGACGAAUGCUUACAGUUCGUGGACCGGCUCCUGGACGCCAAGCAGGCCAACUUGUGUUUCAACAGCAGCCGCGAAUUGUCCGUGUUCCAGUACGUUUCAUUCUCUUUUUCUCUUUCAAACAUUUUUUGUAAGGGAAAUCUACCGAAUCGGCCAGUUCAAAGUGCAAUGGGUCCCGUACGAGUUGCGCAAAACGCUAACGGCGAUCAACUAGUACGACGUGUGACCAUUCAAAACCGGCCUGUAUCUUCGCAGGUUCUACCCUUUUUUCUAUUGAUUUUCAUUGUUCAUUUACAGGAGUAUAACAACGGAAACGAAACUUAUGGUCACAUUAUGCCGAAAAGCUCUUACGUCAUCAAUCCUGUAAGCAUGCAAGCCAGGCAACGUCUGGUUCAGAGAGGAGGCGCCACGAUGCAAAUGGCGCAGCAGCAAACGGUUUUUUUUUUUGCAAGACAAGAUAAACUUUCAUCAUCUUUUUCUUAAAAUUUUUCUCUGUUCAGCCUCCGGUGAGCGAAGUUGCUUUCCCCAAAGACGAUUUUCUUGCGGAUUACAAUGAGUCAGUGAACGGCGCGAAUCAGUGAAAGAUGCAGCUCAAUUAAACUGUCCCCAACCGGCUAAAGCAGGGCUGAAAACCACCAAGCGAUCUCACUAUCUCACUCAUCUUUACGGGUUUCUUUUCAUUGUUAAACUUUUAAAUUUGCUUUUCUCGUACAUUACACUUUGGUCCCUAUUUUUUUGUUCCUACCGCUUUUUGUUUUUUAACUAUUUUGUUCAUACGUUGAAUGUCAGCCUUAUUAAUGCAAUGUCAUUUUUGGUGUGUUGAGCCGGAAAAAAAUAAUUCGGCACUGAGUUUGUCUUAAAUUUAGAUGUAAAUUUUUUUAUCGUCAAAUAAAUUUUUUUUAUAUAUUGGGACAAGUAAUAUGUACGAGACAUCGCGAUAGAAAAGUUACACAAUGUCAAGUAAAAAUGUUUUUAUUUUGAAAGUUCGUUUGCGGACAGGUUAUUGGGAUUGACUUUCUAAAACUGGUUUCGCUCCGUUAUAAUUCUGGAAAAAUAAUUUAGUAUAGGAAGGAAAAUUACUAGAAGAGCAAUCUAAAAGAAAAUAGAUGAGAAGCUAAAUUUAAAAAAGUAUUUUUAAAACUAGACGAUAAUUAUAAUAUACUUUUUUUUAAACGGUGCAUCGAAGUUCUAACUCGGGCAAAACGAAAAAUAUCCUCAAUACUUUUUCUCACCAUUUUAGGAGCGUUCAGAAAAACCUUUUUCAGCUCCCCUUCAGAUCCUCAAAGGAUUAUUUCCGUUUCACCCAUGAAAAAGAUCAGGAUUCGUAGUUCUAGGCAAUCACAGCAUUGAAAAACUUUGGUUUAGGAUGGCCGCCGUCUCGUUGGAACAAAAGGAACUCGCAAAGUCACUCACUAUCACGAGCUCUUGGCCAACCGCGGAAUUGGCGAGAAUGCCAAGUUAAUGUGCGUCAAAAUAAGAUCCAAGAAAGCUCUUGAUCGACUUUUCAGGUUUCCGAGACCUUUGCUGCUGCCUUUCGAGUUCAAUGAAGAAGAAGAACGGGAAAUCAGCGAAGCAAUCGCUCGCGAAGAAGAAAAAAUGCGAAUGGAGGUCGGAGAAUAUCAAUUAUCCUUGUACUUAAGUUUAUUUUAGGAAGAGGAAAGCAACCGCGCUAACAUUGGUGAGGCCGGGGGUAAGAUUUAAAUUUUUUUUAAAUGAAUGAUCAAAAGAAUAAAAUCUAUAUAGGUUUCUCAUCAGUUUUUUUUUGCUAGGUUGGGCGAAAAACCUGGGCUCUGUGAAGUAUAUAGAACAUGUUUCAUCCUUGACAUUUGAAUCGAAAAUUAAAAAAAGAAAGAAAUUUUGGUGAUAGUUUCUUAAACAGGACGGCGUGAAGACGCUCACAAACAUUUUUACUCGUCGAACUUGACGCCGACGGUCAGCGACACUCCGGACGAGAAGUCGAUCAAGCAGGUUGCCAGAUCUCUCCGCACUCGGAUCAAAGACAUGAUUUGAAGUUGCUCGACUCGAUGAUUGGACAAGUUUGUCGUUGGGACAAGAUGUACGGAUGGUCGAAACAGCACGCGAAACGCGCUCGUCAAAGAUUCUCCGACAUGGAAAGAUUCAAGUAUGUUUUGGUAGAAAGCUUUCGUCAUCAAAAUGCAUUGUAGCUAUCGGAAAGUGCGGAUGAACGAACGAGAAAUGUUGCUAGCCGAGCAUCUGGAGAGGCUCAAAAAAGAGGUGAACAAACGAAGGACGAGGCUGGAAAAUGAAGCCGAACACAUGUGUGGCCUUCUCACGCCGUGGCGAAAGUCGCGCUCGCGACCUGCUCGUAGUUCGUUUCGUUUUCAUUUUCAAUCAAAGAAUGAAACUUGCGUUUAAAAAAGGAUUGAGGGUAAAAAGGGUGAAAGGGCAGAAGCCUUGAGAACGAAGGAGUAUUCAAGAGCUGGGCAGAGUUUGCUGACUAG